AUGCAUGUUGUUAGUAUCCUCUGCACCGAAUUUCCGAAACAGAAGCCUCUAAUCAAACAACAACGCAAGAUGAUGCACAUUCAAAUGCUGAUUGAGCGAACCAUGCUAGCCCUCCAUAUUGAUACAGAUGAAGGCUUGGCCAAAGCAAGCGGGACAAAUGAUUCAUUUUCUGAAAUGGAUGCAAUUGAUAUGCUUGACAUAUAUCUACGUCCUCCCACUCGAUGGGACCCACCAGGCCACCGCGUCAAGCGCUCUGAUAGCCAAUAUGACCUGCGUAUCAGGCCAUGGCUUGGAAUUUAA